ACUACUUGUUAGCUUAGACUUACAGGGAAUAAUAAAGUACUAGUUUCCUAAUAGCUCCCUGUCUAAAGCCCUAGAAGUCUUGCUUCUGCUAGAGGUACAUGAACAUGAACUAGCACGUGUACCAUAUGACGUCAUAGAAAGUCACGUGACGAGGAGUACGCCCACGUUUUGCGUGAGUGUACUGUUUGUUCAUAAAACUAGAAAUCAUAAUUUUUGCAACUAAUGUUGUUGUUUAUAGUAGAUCUGUUGCUCAAUGUAAAGUAUAGUUUCAUGACAACAAGGUGGCAGCUGCAUGUAUAUACUAGUACUCUUGUUUGUCAACGGUCAUUGCUGUACUAUAACCAAGAGUACAUAACUGAUUAUAGAUCACCAAGUACCAAGCCGUAUAGUGUGCCUUGAUUCCAACAUAUCAACCCCAUAUGGAUGUGUAAUUGAGAGAAUGAUGAGGUACACAAUCUGAAUAUUAAGAUAAUUUAGUUUUUUAUGUUAACUGCAGGUGUGCAAACAUCAUCACCAUAAUAGGAAAUAAUACACUGAAUUAAUGUUAACAAUAUCUAUUCAACCCACAAUCCCUCCCUAUUGUGCACCUGACCAAUCAGAAUAGUACAACUGUGGCCGCUGAGGUUUUGUUGGGCCCUAGCAAGAUGGAGUACUGCUUCUCUCCUUUGUUAAUAUUAUUGAUCAUAGUUAUACUUUCAAAUUGUGAAGCUACGUGUAAUCAAAUUGUACCAUCAAAUGGAAACCCUAGUAUUGAAACAAGAGUAUCAAUUGGUGAAUGUGUUGCUUUUCAAUGUACACUAAAUCAUACAGCACAAUGGAAACUGAAUGGAGCUGAUAUUAGUAAUGAUGCUCAUUACAAUAUCAAUACUACUAGUGGUACACUGACUAUACAAGAAGUGAGGAGCAAUGAUACUGGAAGCUAUACUUGUGGUUCAGGAAGCAUUUCUCUACUAAUAGUGAAAAUACCUGUUAUCAUUGUUACUGGUCAAUACACUAACCUCACUGUUGGUAGUAGUGUCGGUAUUAAAUGUACUACAAUGCCCUCCAUCCCUAACAGUGUAAUACAAUGGGAUCCACCAUCAAGUAGUGAUAAUAAUGAACUGAUCAUUAAUCCAGUGAUGCUCUCUCAUAAUAACAACACAUUCACUUGUGUGGUAUCAUCAGAUUUAGUGUCUAUGAGUUUGACAGAGUCUAUUACUAUUAGUGUAUUAGAUACCAGUGUCUCAUCUGUUACUGUCCAAUCAUUAUCAUCUUAUGUUAUUGGUGACAAUGUAUCAAUAGUGUGUACUAUUAGUCUCACUAAUGCUAUUGGUCCUGAUGUUUCUUCACUUGUAGUGAACUGGUUUAAAAAUAAUGAAAUGAUAACAGAUAAUAUCAUUAAUGGUUCAUCAUCAACAUUUAAUAGUAUCCUGACAUUAAAAUUGGUUUCACUAACUGAUGCUGGAGUAUAUACUUGUAAUGCAUCAAUUAAUGGAUCUGAUACAAUAUUGUCUGAUUCAAAGCUUUUGUGUAUCGAAGGUACACAUUGAUGCAUAGUCAUUAAUUUGUUAUACUUUUGUUAAUUGAUCUAUAGUUCCUUUUA